AUGACUGAAAACCAGGAAGUAAAGUACGCCGACUCAGAUCAUGAGAAUAGCGCUGAAAGUGAGAACCCCACUGUUAAACCAAGAAGGAAAAAGACGUCGAGGGCGUGCAAUCAUUGUCACAAGGCACACAUGACAUGCGAUCCGGGUAGGCCAUGUAAGAGGUGCAUUCAACGAGGAUUGGACCAAACGUGUGAAGAUGCCCCUCGUAAACGGAAAAAGUACCUUGACGAUGUUCCAAACUCUAGUUUGACUAUCAAGAGAACGCAGAGAUUACCACAGGACCCUCGUUCGAGCCAUGAAUUGCAACAUGGCUAUUCAUUGAACACGUCAUUACAAAAACCUGAUGCUCAAAACAUGCCGCCGUUGGGGCAAAACACCCAUACAUUCCUUGACAUGCAAACUCGAUUACAACUGCGUCAGUCAAACGAAAGAGAUCAACAAGUACCACUCUCACAUGAUGGCACUACACUACAACAGGAACAGCAACCACAAUUACAACUACAACAUCAGCUUUCCCAUCAACAGCAGGUACAUCCGCAUACACAUUCAACAACACCACACUUGGCCAGACCCGCUUCGACAUUUCAGGACCUGUAUCAGGUGCACCAACAGCCGCAAAGACCUCAGCUGUUGCCACAACCCAAUAAUUUUAUUCCCAAUCACACGACAUAUCAAGCAACCUUGUUUCAACAUAAUGCCUUGGGACUGGCAAUGCAAUCUGCACCAGACUACUAUUUUCAUAACUCGUUCAACCAGUCACGCCAACAUUCGCAACUGGAGCACGAACAACCGUCGGCGAGCAGUAAUUUAGCUCCCCAUUUGCAACCGCCAGCGCCGCCAGCGCCGCCACCACCACCAUCAUCAUCCCAACAACCAACCAAUGCAAGCUCACCAACUUCAUUCAUUCAACAUCAAAAAAAGUCCAAGUUUUUUUCUUCAGCUGCUGACUUGGAGUAUGCUACACUUUCCAAUAUACUACAAGACAAUUUCAGUGGCCAUCAUACAACUUCCAAUGAAGCGACUCCCAACUCACAUAUCAUGUCACCGAACUUGUCCCCUCAUAACAUGUCCAGUGCAGCAAACACGGUACCGCCAAUACCUUCGGUGGAGUACCAAGCCGAAAACACAGAAACAUCAUCCCGUACCAAUGGAGCAAAUCAGAAGCACUUGGAUGUACCUUCAGCCCCAACGUUUCGAAACACAAGCACCAUGUUUGAAAAUUCAAAGUAUCCCAAAUGCGAUGAAUCGAUUAAUCAGUAUUUUAUUGGUCAGGUAGAUUCGGAAAAGUCGUCAUUAUUUCCUGAUAUAAUCACGGCCAUUGAAGAGAUGAAGAAUACCGAUUACGCAGUGUAUCAAGAGCGCAAUGCGAAACUGAAUUUAUCAUUCUCGAUUGGAAUCCUGCAUGAUGAAAACAAUUCGAGUAGUGUUAGCGGAAAAGAAGAUGCUUUUUUCAAAGAACCCGAAGAGAUAUACGCGAAAGUCACAAAACCUUUCUCCUAUACGCCUGGAUACCAUUCGCUUAUUGCGUACUUACGCAAACGGUUUCCCAAACCUUUGCUUGUUGAAAUGGCAAAAUCAAUGGCGAUCUACCGGCCAUCAUUUAUCGCUUGUACAAAUUCGCUAAAAGAGCACGAUUUGAUUUUCAUGGAACAAUGUUUCCAAAGAACAUUACUCACAUAUGACAAUUUCAUUAAGGUCAGUGGUACCCCAACCAUUGUAUGGAGAAGAACGGGUGAAAUUGCUUACGUGGGCGAUGAAUUUUGUGUCUUGACUGGAUGGAGCAAAGAUCAACUAAUGGGUAAAUGUCAACGAAAAUUCAUUGUUGAGUUGCUAGAUGACAAGUCAGUGGUGGAAUACUUCCAAGUGUUUUCUAGAAUUGCAUUUGGUGACUUUUUGGGCGCAACAAUGACCGAAUGUACUUUAUUGACACCAAAGCCUGAUGUCAAGAUAAGAACCGGUUGUGUGUGGACGUUGAAAAGAGAUGUUUUUGGGAUUCCCAUGAUGAUUGUGGGGAACUUCUUGCCUAUAAUAUAG